AUGCCGACAACACGCUCGCAAGUUCUGGAAACUUCGGACAACGUCGACGCCGCGAGUGCCGGCGCCGCCCCCACCAAUGUAACAAUGACCCACGAGACUCUGGUGCAUUUACUCCGUGAGGUCCGCUCGUCCACGCCGCAAAAUGUUUCGGAUUUGCACAGUAUGUUCGGCGUGAGUGGAAAUUUCGCCAAGUGCAGGACGCGUUAUGGCGGACGCCCGGAGGAGUCGUUAGAAAACUUCCUAGACGCCAUCACUACGUAUAAGGAAUGCGUAAAUAUGACCGACGAGAACGCUCUCCGCGGGUUUUCAAUGUUGUUGGAAGGACCUGCAGCGGUUUGGUGGCAAGGGGUGAAGAGAUCGACCGACACGUGGUCGGAGGCGCUCUCGCGAAUAAAAGGUGCAUUCGCCGAGCAUGACCCGCCCCAUCGUCUUUAUCGGAAGUUAUUCACGCUGGUUCAGGAGGAAGAACAUACGGAUUUGUUCAUCGCCAAGGUACGAGCUCUGCUGGCUAAAAUACCUAAAGAGGAUUUGUCAGAAAAAGUGCAGCUAGAUAUGGCUUUCGGCCUCCUCAACCCACGCAUUCGGAAACGUGUUACUAGAGAAAGUCUAAACAGUUUCGACGAAUUACUUAAAAAGUGCCGUACUAUAGAAGACUCGCUUAAGGAAAGCUCCAAAACACGUAGUAACACUACUCAAGGAAAGCCGCAGACCCAGACGAGCAUGCCCGCGACAUCACCAUCGUCGUCGCCGCAGCCGCCGCCGCCGCUCAACAGCGCCGGCGCCGCUGAGUCCGCCGAGAGUGUCGCCGUCGUUUCGAAGAGAUCUGGUUAA